AUGAACCGGGAAAAUAUGAAGACGAUAUUAAUCCUCGGAGGAUCCUUUGCCGGCGUCGGUACAGCCCAUCGAAUCCUGAAGCAAGCUUCCAAAACCAAUCUGGAUGUUAAGGUCAUUCUGGUAUCACCCAACACACACCUUUAUUGGAACAUCGCUUCUCCUCGAGCCAUCCUACCUGAUCAAUUUACAGAUGAGAAGCUCUUUGGAUCUAUCGACGAGGGUUUUAGACGGUAUCCAGAUGGUCAGUUUGAGCACAUCAUCGGAUUUGCGAAUCGUCUUGACACGGUCAACCGAAAGGUGGAAGUAUCUAUUGACGCCGAGGGGACAGAAUCAGUGGCGACAGUCAGCUACAAUUUUCUGAUUAUUGCCACGGGAUCUAGAAGCAAAGUUUUCGAUGAGGAUGUCAAAGCGCCGUUCAAAGGAUUGGGUUCAACCGAGGCAACGAGGGAUGCUCUGCAUGCUUUUCAGGAAUUGGUGAAGAACUCAAAGACGAUUGUAGUUGCUGGUGGUGGUCCAACCGGGGUUGAGACGGCCGGUGAGCUAGGUUUCGAGUAUGGAAAGGACAAGAAGAUUAUUCUUGCCACGAGUGGACAGACUGUGCUCGAAACCGCCAUUCCUAGCGUAUCCAAAACAGCAUUGGGCAUGCUCCGAGAUCUGAACGUCGAUGUCAAGUUACAAACCAAAGUCAGCCGUUCGUCUCGAACGAAACGUGAAGGAACAAACCAGCUCGACAUAUACCUUUCCGACGGAAACGUACUAUCCGCCGACCUUUACAUACCUACAUCUGGCAUUAUACCCAACUCGUCCUUCAUCCCUGACAAAUAUGUGAAUACGAAUGGUUUCGUCAAGGUCGAUGAGUAUCUCCAAGUGAAAGGCUUUGAGAACCAGCGCGUUUGGGCCAUUGGAGAUGUCUCCGAUCUUGAACCGCCGCAGUUGAUGUGUGCAGAUAGACAGUCUGGUCAUUUGGCGAAGAAUAUAGGUCUUAUCUUGAACAAUAAGACUCCUCUUCCGUACAAGGGGGGUAUACAUGGCAUGGGAUGUCAAAUUGGCCGAAAGACUGGUACUGGACAGCUGGGUUGGGUUAAACUGCCGAGUUUUCUGAUACAUUUUUUGAGAAAGCAUUUGUUUGUUGAGAGACUGGAACCAACGGUGGAUGGGUCUGUAUACUGA